CUUCCUCCCAGAUGCGAGGUCUCAUCAAAGCUCCUCAAAUAGCGUAGAAAAGCCCGUUCUUUUUGGUAUAUUUGCUUGGAUAGUAUGUCCAAGUGCUUCUAUUUCAUGAGGCCAUUGGCCCCUCCUUUUCCGACCAGCUUCAUCUGGCUGGCGAACAGGUGAAUGGAUCUUGUUUUGAUAUUUGGUGGCUAUGGCAAUUCAUAGUCAGUUCCACGCUGUUUGUGAAGCAAAUAGUUGCCUGUCUUCCUGUCUUCUCUCUCCUUCUUUCCCUAUAUAUUUGCGAUGUGGUACUUGCUCCAUUGUAAUGUACCGUGCGGCUCUUUCGUCCCGUCGCCGCCUUCUCAAUAUCUGCCAAACGCCCCUUUGCAUCAUCAUCGUCAUCGUCAUCAUCAGCAUCAGCACCAGCAUCAGCAUCAUCGUCAUCAUCAUAUCAAUACUCAUCAGUCUUUCGUUUGAAGCAAAAAGAAAAUCUUCAUCUCUGGCUACUGCCGAACGGAGUGCAUCUCCAUUGUAAUGCUCUCAACAUCGCUCCCCCCUUGUCUUUUUCCGGUUAUCGAACACCACGUCCCGCCCAAAAUUGGACAUGGUUUCUUCAAAGCAGGGGCCGAUGUACGAAAUAUCGAGUACUCGAGAACUGUCGCAUUUUGCACUGAGAACUCAAUAUCACUGCUUACAUUCUACAAGGCAGUAUGGGCCUUGAUACUAAAACAUUUUGCCAAUACUGACCAUGUCUUCUUCGGAGUGACAGAGGCCAGCCGUAGCAGGUGUAGGAUACCGCCUGCUUCUCUAGGCACGGUUCAAGCAUACGCACAAACCCAGUCAUGGUGUCAUGUCCAUCUUUCUGAGACGAACACUAUCCUUGAAAUCCUCCAACGGAUAGAAUCAGACACGCGGCGCGGAUGCCCUAGUGAAGGGUUGAAGCUAACAUCUGCGAGUUUCAACACUGAGAUACAUUUGCUACAAGGAGAUAUCUCUGAGUAUAUGAACAAAGACGAUCGAUAUCUGUGUCCUCAUAUGAUUGAUAUCCAACUAUGUAUCUCGCCAGAUCGAUUCGUUUGCCGGUGUCGGGCUUCGUCGAUGACGGGAACAGCUGCUCAAAGCUUAUGCGAAACAUUCAAGAAAACCGCUGCAAAUGUAUUGGCCAACCCACGACAAACCGUUCCAAGUUUGGAUAUGCUUUGUAAUUAUGACAGAUCCCGAAUCGAACGCUGGAACAGAAUAGAUCCGUGGAAUCACACCAUAAAAGCAUGCAUUCACGACCUGAUACAUAUCCAGGUAUCCUCUCAACCCGAGAGCCUUGCUGCUGAUGGCUGGGAUGGGUCCAUGACCUUCCGCGAACUAUGGGAUCAAUCCUCACGAUUAUCCUAUUACCUUCACGAUCUUGGAGUCAAACAAGGGAUAAUGGUGCUUUUCAGCAUGGCGCUAUCCAAAUGGACCAUUAUUGCUAUGCUGGCUAUUCUUCGCACUGGUGCUACUUGCGUACCAAUCGAUCUUCUGGACCCAUCACAUUAUAUUCAGUCUAUAGAAGCAAAACUCGUCUUUGCUGACCCGUCCCAGCUGGAGCAGCUUUAUGGCGAAGUCAAGUAUAUAAUCACCGAGUUACCGAAUUUCAUUAACCUACUCGGACCAGCGCCUGAUAUUUACGAACCACAAGUCUCCCCUCAAGACCCGGCCUUUAUCACGUUCACAUCUGGCAUCACAUCCGCACCAAAACCAGUAAUCCUAUGCCAUGAAGCCAUAUGUACCAACAUUCUCCACCUUGCAGAAACCUUGGAAAUUAAUGACAAAUCGCGGGUUUUUCAUUGUUCAUCGCUUACCUCCAAUAUGAGCAUUUUUGACAUUUUCGGCACCAUCGCCAAAGGUGGAUGCGUAUGCUAUGCCACAGAAUAUGGCAGGGCCAAAAAUCUAUCACGCGCUAUUUGUACUUCCCAGGCCACUCACGCCUUCCUUACCCCUACCCUCUUACGCGAACUUACUCCAGAUAGCGUACGCAACCUGCAAGCCAUAUCGGUCAUCAGCGACGGCCUCACGAUAAACGACGUACUGAAGUGGAAGGACCACGUCAGUUUAUUCCAUCUCUACGGCAAUACAGAAUGCACAAUCUGCUGCACCGCCACGGACGCACGCCACCAGGAACGAUUAAGAUACCACGGCCGGCUCAACAUCGGCCGCGCGAUCGGUUGCAGGACAUGGAUUGCACAGCCAGGCAAUGCUCAUCGCAGACUUGUCCCUAUUGGGGGAGUUGGUGAGCUGUUGAUCGAAGGGUCGACCUUAGCUCGUGGUUACUAUGUAUUAGAAACGGGAGAGGAGGGGGACGGUGGGGAGAUGGUGAUGCGUGCAGAACCCUUUAUCUUUGACCCUGAAUGGCUUGCGAAGUUUCCAAGUAUACGCGCGUCGGGGAGGAGAGUUCGGAUGUAUAGGACGGGAGAUCUGGUGAGGUAUGAGUGCGAUGGGUCCAUCAAGUUCGUGGGACGGAUGGGAGAUGUAAAGUAACCUUACUGUUCAUCGUCUGGGGCAAGGCCCUUGGGGAGUGGCCAAGGGAGGUAUGGAUCUUUUAGACGGAUAGGAUUAGACGUCUUUAUUCAAUAUGAGAAAGGUCGAUUGUUUCAUAUAUGAGGACUAUAGCGUUUUGAAGGGUAGAAGCAGUAGAAGAAGGAGAGAAGAUGAGUA